AUUUUUUCGUUGAAAACAUCUCCAUCAGCAUCUGCAAUAGGAGACCGAGAAAUCAGCUACGUCCUCGAGCGAAAUUCUCAACAAUCAAGAUCUUGUAGAGUCGAACAUUACUACAGAAAAAUUUCUGAAACCUUUGUCCAAAACCCAGCGGAAUGCCCGAAACAUUCUAGAUCUACUCAAAGAGCCGAACACUGUACACGUCCCCCAUACGCAAUGCCUAGCAAAAGUGAUCUGCCUACUUCACUCACUAGCUAUAAUAACAUCCUUUGGCGAGUUUUGCAUCCUAGAAACGUCGAUACGACGAAUCUCCCAAUGGACGCUCCUUCGAAUCACCCAACAGAGCAUCCGCUAAAUAGCCUCUACUCCCCCCUUCAAGACUCCGACGAAAUCCGUGUGUUGCACCUUCGAUCUCGUUCGAGCUCUGAUAAGAUUAUAUCUACCUUGAAGCAUGUCAAAUUUUCUGAAGAUCCAACUUAUGAAGCUUUGUCGUAUGUUUGGGGCUCGCCUGAGGUCACAAAGGUAAUUAAUCUUGACGGGGUAGAGCUUCCAGUUCGGGAAAACCUCUACUGUGCCUUGGAUCACCUGCGGCUCGAAAACAAGACACGGAUUCUUUGGAUAGAUGCUCUGUGUAUUAAUCAGAUCGAUGAAAAGGAGCGGAACCACCAGGUUGCUCAAAUGGGAACAAUCUACCAGAGCGCCGAAAGGGUAGUUGCCUGGCUAGGAGAUUCCGACGACAGCAGUUCAAGCGCAUUUCGAGCUAUUCUGGAUACCAAAGAAUGGUAUGUUAUCAAAGAGGAAUCCCAAAACAGGCUGAACAGAGGCUCGAAAAUCAGCCUGCAGACUGCUUUCUUCCAGUGUGUUCUGGAUCUCUUUUCCCGACCAUAUUGGACGAGAAUGUGGAUUAUCCAAGAGGUUUUGCUUGCUCGAAAGCUCCUUUUCCAAUGUGGCGACGACAAUUGCUCCUGGAGACAGCUCAUCUGGUUUUUGAACUUUUUUGGACUUAUUGACGAGUCCUACCCUAGUUAUAACGCCAACGUCGGGUAUUCCCACUACAGGCCUCAAAAUUUAUUGGCACUUCGUGAGCGCGAUAUCUUCAGCAAGGAUGUUGCAGAUCAUUUGAGCCCAACUCGGGAUUGUACCACAAGUGGAGAGUGGAAUUUCAGUCCUUGCAGGCCGGAGAGCCACGUGUCAGACAGGUGGUCUUAUUUGGUGGAGCUGAUGUUGUUAUUUGAACGAGCGGAAUGCCAAAACACCCUCGAUAAAGCAUUUAGCCUGUACGCUUUAGCUGCAGACUGCUGUCGCAAGGCACUUCCUAUCGAUUACUCCUUAUCACCAAAGGAACUUUACGGAAUAGUUCUUCGCCACUACAAAGAGUACCAUAGAAAUUCCUAUGGACAGCUGGGUUCUGUCGGGCAAAUGAAGCUCAGAACUUUGCUUGGUAGCGAGUUCACGGACUUAGAAGAGACACUACAGGACAUGCCUAUGUCUUCCUCCAGGUAUCGAUAUGCGGGUCCUUCAGAGCAGGGGAGUAGGUUUUAUAGUGGAAGGGCAGGAGUUGGGGACUCAGAUCUCCCAGAGAAGGAUUGUUGUUUGAUGUAAUUAUCUACUAGUUGGUGUACUGCCAAUGGCCUUAACUAACUUUCGAUGGGGCAAUGGGGUUCACGGUUCCUGCAAUUCAUGGUACUCAAUUAUUUUGUAGCCGGUAGUUGAGAUGGCGUCUAUAUCUGGAUUAUAGGGAUUGUACCAUAAGGUUUAACAGCACUGGCGAGGGGGAAUAGUUGGAAUAGUUAGUGCUAAUAGUCGAGUGGUAUCUCAACUACACGCGAAAAUGCCAUUGUUUUUGGU